AUGACUGAUCAAGACCAAGGCGGAAGAAAGGGCAAACGACGCGGUAAAAAGCAAGGAAGGGGAGGGCUGCAACAACAGCAGCAACGACAAAGUGAAAGUGUUCCCAGUGGCCCACAGCAAUGCAUAGAAAAACCACAAGGGGCUACAGCUUUGCCUGAGACACAAAAACAGCCACUCGAACAGCAAAGUCAACAACAAAGGGAUGAAUUACAACAAGCGGCUACGGCAAUGCCUAACCAAGCAAGCGAACAACUGCAGCAAGAUCAGAAACGAUGGCAAAAUCAACUGCAAAGAAAACAACAAGCUGGAGGUUGAACAGAUGGGGCAGGUCCUAGUAGAUCGGGUAAUCUCGCAGUGCUCGGAAGACGCACUGUGAUUGGCUGUUAGGUGAAAGGGUUUUCCCUACACGAUUUUCGUUUCUCAAAUGCGGAAGUGAUUCCAACCGUAAUCCUGCCAAAAUAGCCGUGACGGUUCCAGUGGGUGCAUUGGUUGCAAUGGUUGCAGUGGUUGCAGUAGGUGCAUUGGGCGCAGUGGGCGCAGUGGGCGCAGUGGGUGCAUUGCUUGCAAUGGUUGCAGUGGUUGCAGUAGGUGCAUUGGGCGCAGUGGGUGCAUUGGGCGCAGUGGGUGCAUUGCUUGCAAUGGUUGCAAUGGUUGCAGUGGUUGCAGUAGGUGCAUUGGGCGCAGUGGGUGCAUUGGUUGCAAUGGUUGCAGUAGUUGCAAUGGGUGCAGUGGUUGCAGUAGGUCCAUUGGGCGCAGUGGGUGCAUUGCUUGCAAUGGUUGCAAUGGUUGCAGUGGUUGCAGUAGGUGCAUUGGGCGCAGUGGGUGCAUUGGGCGCAGUGGGUGCAUUGGUUGCAAUGGUUGCAGUAGUUGCAAUGGGUGCAGUAGGUCCAUUGGGCGCAGUGGGUGCAUUGCUUACAAUGGUUGCAAUGAUUGCAGUGGUUGCAGUAGGUGCAUUGGGCGUAGUGGGUGCAUUGCUUGCAAUGGUUGCAAUGGUUGCAGUAGGUGCAUUGGGCGCAGUGGGUGCAUUGGGCGCAGUGGGUGCAUUGCUUGCAAUGGUUGCAAUGGUUGCAGUGGUUGCAGUAGGUGCAUUGGGCGCAGUGGGCGCAUUGGGCGCAGUGGGUGCAUUGCUUGCAAUGGUUGCAAUGGUUGCAGUGGUUGCAGUAGGUGCAUUGGGCGCAGUGGGUGCAUUGCUUGCAAUGGUUGCAAUGGUUGCA